AUGCCUUUUUUACCGCCAGUUCCAGGCAAGUCAACUCCUACGGCUCUCCCUCAUCCUCCAUCUCUUGGUUUCCCAGUACCCAGUCAUCGCCAUGCAGUCUCAGUGCAGCUGCCGACAUGGCAGGAUAUGCGUGGGAUGGUUGCCCAAGACCCACGGGUCACAGGUGUACAGCAGAUCGGAUAUCCUAGGUCUUUCCUUCACACAGAUGUCGUCAAAGUCAAUACCGCUUGUUUGGCUCUUUUUGGGCAGCAAGAUGAAAAGUGCUUGAUAUUUCCAAGUUUAAAUCAUGCCUUAGCCUGUCAUCGUACGAUUAUUGACCUGGAACCGGAAGCAGCUGGCAGUGUCCGAGUUACGACGGCGGCCUUUGUACUAGAUGAGCCAACUGAUGCUGGCCAACCACGAUCGUUCUUUAUCACAUUCUUUCCCGCACAGUUUAUCGCCAGUGCCAUGAUCUUCUGGCGGCUCACUGGAACGGGCAUCUUAUCACGACUGGCUCAAAGCAUGCACCAGCACCUGGACAGCAUAUAUGCACAAUCGACAGACUCUAUAAUUGAAGACCAUUCAGACAGUGUCAAUGAGAUAGUAGACACAAAAGCAGAUGCCUUGGUGCGCUUACGUAUUGCCAACUUGCUGAAACGGGCGUCGAUCAACCCUCUCCAGAGUGAACAAUUUACAUCUUCAGAUAUCUUUCUCUACCCCACCGGCAUGGCCGCAAUAUAUAGCACUAACGAGCUGCUUCUGCGCUGGCGGCUAGCAUCGACAGUUGUGUUCGGCUUCCCAUAUGAGCUCACGCUGGAGCUAGUUGAGAAGUACGGGCUGGGAUGCAAGUUCUACGGGCUUGGUAGCGAGGAUGAAUUAGAGAGCUUCGAAGCUUAUCUCUCCGAGGAAUACCAGCAUGGGCGUACAAUACAGUCCGUAUGGUGUGAAUGCGCAUCGAAUCCGCUGCUGAGGACUGUCGACCUCCAACGGAUUCGACAAUUGGCAGAUAUUUACGGCUUCGUUGUAGUGAUCGACGAGACUAUUAGCAGUUUUGCCAAUGUCGAUGUCGCAGGCAUUGCGGAUGUCAUCGUCACAUCUUUAACCAAGAGUUUCAGCGGCAAAGCCAUCAUCCCCCUUCCUCGCGGCGCUGAAGAGUGGCCUCGCCUCGACAGUAUGUAUGUGAACGAGCUUUUCGCUGCCGACGCCCGCGUUCUCGAACAAAACAGCCGGGAAUUCCUCGCUCGCGCCGCCAUCAUGAACAGGAACGCCCAGCACCUAGUCUCAGUCCUACUCCCUUUUGCCAAAUCACCGUCUAGUUCGCUCACGCAUAUUUAUUAUUCAUCUACCUGUUGGUCACGUCGCAACUACGAAGCUCGCAUGCGAGCCGACACAGUCGAUUUUACCCCUGGCUACGGCUGCCUUUUCACUCUUGAAUUCGAGAGCGUGGUUACAGCUGCUACCUUCUUCGACGCGAUGAAUGUUCACAAGGGCCCAUCAUCGGGCGCCUCGGUAACCCUGGCACAGCCGUAUGUGCAGACAGUUUUCUCCCGUGAAAAGGAGUGGGCUACGUCUUACGGGCUUAGUACUACUAUGUUUGAGGCACAGCAUACCCUGACAGCUUCCGUGGGCUCUCGAUCGCAACUCGUCGUACAUCCCCUGGCAAACAUUCCCCAGGGGAAGCUCGAGAGUCUCAAUGCAUUACAGAGACAAUUCGACAAUGAUACCCGGUUCCACAAGUCGGACCUGAUGCGUGGCGUGUAUCAGACGAAGGAUGGCUAUCCGUAUGUCUUUCCCUCGGUGAAAAUGGCACGGCAAAUGCUGUUCGAUGAUCCAGAAUGGGAGCAUGAAUAUCCUCCCUCUCAUCUGGGUGAGGUCGAGUUUCGGGAUUGGAGCGCUCGUCUGCUAUUCGGGGAUGAAAGCCAAACUGUGCGGGAGAAAAGACUAGCAUCAAUGCAGGCUCUGGGAGGUAGCGGGGCCUGCCACAUGGGUGCCAGGUUUCUGCGGAGGCAUUACGAGCCGUACGAAUCAGAUCCGGAGAGAAACGCCUAUAUUCCCGCGGAAUCUUGGGGUGAGCCAUGCCGAGGGUUGCGUGAUUUGCAGACGUGUGCUGUAGUUUCGGAAUUCCUCUUGUUGGUCGCGGCAACGUACGGCAAGGCGCUGGGCCUAUAUGGAGAACGCGUCGGAUACCUCUGCGUCUCCCUGCCUACCGCGGAAGCCGCCGCACGGUCCGAGCAACAAAUGAAGCUUCUCGCCAGAGCAGAAACAGGAGCACAACCACGAUUUGGUGCCAGGCUGGUUAGCAAUAUCCUUGGAAACCCACGCCUUAAGAUACAGUGGGAAGAGGACAUCAAGCGCCUGGCAGAGGACCUUGCGGACAGAAGGAAGAAGCUGAAGGUAGAGCUACUCAGGGGCAAUUCCCAUGAUGAAUGGGAUUUUGUGACGAGGCAAGCUGGGAUGUUCUUGUAA